AAUCGUGCAUUUUGCGCCUUUUAGUCGGGAAACGAGCACAUUUUGGGGAUGUUUGUGGGCCGGUUUCACAAAAAAAUUCAAGGAUUAUAGGCCUAUAUCCAACUUGGUUCAAAGUUCAUAGGCCCAAAUAGUGAUAUUCUUUAGGUUUUAUAAUUGCAAAUCUCCCAUAAAAAAAGAAAGAGUAGGUUGGGAUAUCUUGUUGUCGGACCAAAUAUGUUUUGACAUUUUACACUGAUUGACACAAAACCCUAAUUGUCUUCGAGCUGAUCGAUGGAGAAGGGAGAAAAAACUUAUAAACAACGAGCUUAUUUGGGAAAACGAGCAUAUCGCAACUUUGCUCGUCCUAUAAAGGUUCAGUUACCGGAAGGAGUGGCUCCAUUCAUACACAUCACUCGAAAUGAGCGUUCAGGACGAAAGCAGGCAAAGAAAAAAGAAGAGGAUAUUGCUGUUUGUGAAUGCAAAUUGGAUCCUUGCAAAACUGAGCUCGCAUGUGGAGAGAGGUGUUUGAAUGUGUUAACGAACACAGAAUGUACACCUGGAUAUUGCCCAUGUGGCAGCUAUUGCAAGAACCAGAGAUUUCAAAAAUCUGAAUAUGCAAAGACAAAGUUAUUCAAGACCGAGGGCCGUGGGUGGGGUCUUUUAGCUGAUGAAAAUAUUAAGGCUGGAAUGUUUAUAAUUGAAUAUUGUGGAGAAGUAAUUUCUUCAGACGAAGCAAAGCUCAGAGCUCAAACUUAUGAAACUCAAGGUUUAAGGGAUGCAUAUAUAAUCUCUCUUAACGCCAAUUACUAUAUUGAUGCCACCAGGAAAGGAAGUCUUGGUAGAUUCAUCAACCACUCUUGCCAACCAAAUUGUGAGACAAGGAAGUGGACGGUUUUGGGGGAAACAAGGGUUGGUAUUUUUGCAACCCAAGACAUUGCUGUUGGAACUGAACUGGCUUAUGACUAUAAUUUUGAAUGGUAUGGUGGUGUUAAUGUGCGUUGUCUCUGUGGGGCCCCUAACUGUUCUAUUUUUCUUGGUGCAAAGUCUCAAGGUUUUCAGGAGCAUAACCAUGUGUGGGAAGAUGGUGAUGACAGAUAUACGGUUGAUGAAUUCCCCCUUUAUGAUUCUGCUGAGGAUGAACCAUUAGAUAAGGUCAAGGUUACCGACUCUACCCUUCCGGAAACCUUGUUAACUGUCAAAACCGAGUCUUUUGGGUUAAACAACAAUGGUUUUGGAUACAAGUUCAAAAGUUUUUCAGGGUCAGUUAGUGGUAAUAUCAAAAGUGAAGUGAAAGAAAGUGGUCAGAAUGCUAUAAUAGUUUCUGGAGCGAAGGCUAAUGAUGCUUUUAGCAAUGGGCUGGGUACGGGUUCUGCAAAACGGGCAGCUAAACGUGUUCAAAAUAGGAAGCAAAAACUCUCUGGUAGGAAGCAAGUCAAUGGAAAACGUGUUGCUCAACUCUUUGCCUCAAAGAAAGUACAAGAUGAACUAAUUAAAUGUGAGGAGGAAAGAAAUUUAGCUACCGCAAAACUUGAUGCCGUGUAUGAUGAAAUACGCCCCGCAAUUGAACAACGUGAAAGGGACAGCCUGGAUUCGCUUCCAACAAAUGUAGCAGAAAAGUGGAUAGAGGCUUCUUGUUCUAAACUAAAAGCAGAUUUUGAUCUCUAUUUUUCAGUUGUCAAAAAUGUGGUUUGCCCUCCCCAUACAAAUGCACCAAAUCCUGACCCUUAGAAUGCUGUUGACUUCGUAAAAAGUCAAUGGUGGUCAAAUAUCAUCUUUAACUUACAGUUUUGGUUCUGGAAUUUGACCAUGGAGACUGAGAUGACAACUGUUAAAACUAGCAAUCAAAUUAAAAAAAAAAUGGUUGAUUCGUUAAAUCAGGUUAUAUUUUAAUGAGUUGUUAAAUAAGGUAAA